UAAAGGUCGUCGGUGCUGCGAGCUGGUCCUCUGCAUUACGUAACUGCGAAUGAGAAAACAGUAUAGUCCAGGCUUGGUUUUUAUCAGUCUGUUGCAGAGCUUUUUUAAUCUAUGGCCCCAGAGGAUGUGCACUGUAGAUAUUGAGUUCAAUAGCUCAAAAUGUCUGAGGCAGAGCAGCAGUAUAUGGAAACAUCGGAAAACGGCCAUGAAGUCGACGAUGAUUUCAACGGAGCCGGCCACACCGAGGAGGGGAUCGACGAGAGCGCCGUGAAUGAGUGCGGAGAGGGAGAAGCAGAAGGAGAGGGUGAGGGAGAAGGAGAGGGUGAAGGAGGAGAAGGAGAAGGAGAGGGCGAGGAAGCCGACUUGAACGAAAACUCGCAAAACGGUGGCUCGGAGGGCGGCCAGAUCGACGCCAGCAAGGGCGAGGAGGAUGCCGGGAAAAUGUUUGUUGGUGGUCUCAGCUGGGACACAAGCAAGAAGGAUCUUAAGGAUUACUUCUCUAAAUAUGGUGAGGUGACAGACUGCACCAUAAAGAUGGACCAGCAGACAGGAAGGUCACGAGGUUUCGGCUUCAUUCUCUUCAAAGAUGCAGCCAGUGUUGACAAGGUCUUAGAGCAAAAGGAACACCGGCUAGAUGGCAGAGUCAUCGACCCCAAGAAGGCUAUGGCCAUGAAGAAGGAUCCAGUCAAGAAAAUCUUCGUAGGAGGCCUUAAUCCUGACACCUCAAAGGAAGUGAUUCAGGAGUACUUUGGAACCUUUGGAGAGAUUGAGACCAUUGAGCUUCCACAAGAUCCAAAGACGGAGAAGAGGAGGGGGUUCGUAUUUAUCACAUACAAAGACGAGGUUCCUGUCAAGAAGGUCAUGGAGAAGAAAUUCCACAACGUCGGUGGAAGCAAGUGUGAAAUAAAAAUCGCCCAACCCAAAGAGGUCUACCAGCAGCAGCAGUAUGGCGCCCGUGGAUAUGGGGGGCGUGGCAGGGGACGUGGUGGCCAGGGCCAGAACUGGAAUCAAGGUUACAACAACUACUGGAACCAGGGAUACAACCAGAACUAUGGCUAUGGACAGCAAGGCUACGGAUACGGCGGCUAUGGCAACUAUGACUACUCUGCUGGUUAUUACGGCUAUGGGGGUGGCUACGAUUACAACCAGGGCAAUACAAGCUAUGGGAAAACUCCAAGACGUGGAGGCCACCAGAGUAGCUACAAGCCAUACUGAUCACACGUAGUGCAGGUCUAAAGUAAAUAAGAAAAAGAGAUCCAUGGUCUGACCACAGCGAACAUGGGCUCUGGCUUUUCCUUUGGAGUUGGCAGAAAUUUGGACUCAUGCUCCAUUUGUACAGAUCAAGUGAGGAACUGGGGAAGCAAAUGUCACUUUUCCACUUUUUAUUUUAUAUUGUUUUAUGUCCAUUUACAUUUCCAGUGAUGGAAGUGUUAUUUUUACUGUACUUUUUGGUACCUUUUUGAAUCUAAUGUAUUGUAUGGUUGUAUUUUUACAUGUCUACUGGAUUUACAGACAAGCAGGAGCAAGAGCUUUAAAGCUCACAAAUAAAACAACUUUGCUUUUUUUUUUUUUAAUUUCCUUUGGUGUUUCUAGAUCUUUAGUUAUUUUUCUCCCGUGCUGAGUGUUGGAUGCGAGUUGCAUGGCUUCAGAUGUGGGGUGAGGCUAAAUAAGGGAUUUAAACUAAUCAAAGGGUUCAUUAUAAGCGUGUUAAGUGAAUGUUUGCAGAUGGUCUAGUAGACGAAGACAACCAGCAUCUUUUCUUUGUUUUUUUUUGGCUUUUAAGGAGAUUCUUCCCCCAUGUUUGCAAUUUUAAGUGGCUUUACUAGUGUUAUUCAACUGAACGCAAGCCUGUUAAUGUACGAGGGUACUCCCUCACUCACUGGAAACUCAUUCCUCUAGUGUCUUGGGCAAAUUGGUAGAAAUAAACUUUUGGUUUAUAUUACACUCUGAUCUUUUUGUUAUUAUUUGUAAAGUUAAUGUUAAAUGUUUUGUACUGUUAAAAUGGCUUGCUUGUUUUGUCACAAGUAAUGUUAACAUCUCACCGGAUGCCUCUUUAAGAAGUUGUGGGAGAGGGCUUCACUAUCCUACAGCAGAACUGGCUGAGUUAAAACACACCUCAGUUGAUGUGAAACUGCAAUAUCAUGUAUGUGAAUGUGUCGAGGAGUUAGUGGUCUGGUAAGUGCUUAUCUAAACCACAUGUGUAUUGAGAACAUGUUGCUGAUCAGUGUUGUAAGUUGGGGCUUAAUAAUUACAUACAUGAAAAUGUGGGUAAAAGAUGGUAGUAGUCCGGAUUUUAAAAGUGUUAAAUGUUUAUUAGUUUUAAUUACAAAAAUAUCAUUAGUGUCACUUCAGCACCAUAAUGUAUCCUGAUCAUCUCCCAGGUUGUGUUGAUGUAUAACUUGCAUCACUUUGAUUGUAGACUCCAGUUCUCUUGCGCAACCACAGUGAAACCUUUAAUAUGGCACUGAACACCUGGGGGAUAUUAAAACAUAUAUUUAUGGAUGAAUGAUCGGAGUAAAAAUGUUCUAUUGGCCGUUAUUACAAAUCCACUAGCAUGUCUUUGAUGACUCUCACAUUGAAGCAUUAAUACAGAGUCCCCACAUUGGUAGGAAUCAAGUAGAGGGUAGCAACAUGUUCUGAAUUUAAUUAACUUGUUUUAUUUACUGGAACCUCAAGUAUAAACAUUCAUACCUCUACCUCUGAACUUUACGAAUGUGACCAUCUGACAAUGUCUGAUGCAAUUAAAAGUUUUUCUACAGGUUUAA